UCUCUCUCUCUCUCUCUCUCUCAUCACACAGAUUUCUCACAGAACCACACACACACACACACAUUCAGAGUGAGAAAAAACACAACUGUGUUUGUUGAGAAAAAAAAAGGUAAAUGCAAGAAAGAGAAUGAGUAAUCUGUUAUGCAGCAAUGGCCACUCAAACAGCUGCAUUAUCACCUUCUUAUUACAUCCAUAACUGCAAAUCCAGGCCUUCUUCACCUGCAGUUAUCUUGUCCCAAUCUACACCUUCUUACAAUCCUCUUGUUUUCCAGGCUGUACGGCUUUUGGGCCCGCCAGCAAGAUUCGAAGCUUCGAAGCUCAAAGUCUUGUUUAUGGGAGAAGAAGUCGACACUUCGACUAGAAUUGUGCCGAGAACUUAUACACUCUCCCAUUGUGACUUCACGGCUAAUUUAACUCUAUCCGUUUCCAACAUUAUCCAGCGCAAUCAGUUGACAGGAUGGUAUAGUAAAGACGACGUGGUCGCUGAGUGGACAGACGUGAACGGUGACCUGUUCCUGAACGUCCAUUGCCAUGUCAGCGGACCGAAUUCUUUAUCUGCCACCGUCGCAGAAUUCAGAUACCACAUUUUCUCCAAGGAAUUGCCUUUGGUUCUCGAGGCAGUGCUGUAUGGAGAUUCCGAUUUUUUCAGAGAGCAUCAAGAACUAAUGGAUGCUAUAGUGAGAGUGUAUUUCCAUUCCAGCUUCAAGAUGUACAAUCGUAUGGAAUGUUGGGGUCCGUUGAAGGACGCUGCCCUCGGAAUAGGAGUAGAUAAAAUAAAUGGAUAUUCAUCUGCAAGCAAGGAAAAUUCUCAUGCUCCUAAAUUUUGGGCAAGUCCAAAAUCAAUCCUCCAAGCACUCUUUACCUUCCUGCUCUGAUUUCUAUGUAUACGUCAUACGACGAAGAAGAAGUCGAAGAGUACGAUAUGAGACGAGCUUUUUUUGUCGAAUUUAUACUGCAAAAAUUUGCAAGAGUAUUUUUUUUUAUUGAAUUGUAUGUAAAUACUGGAGACAUAUUCUUAUUUCAAAGCCAA